UGUGCAUCUCCUGAGAACCAAACACCUCUCGAUUCCGUGAGGUUUUACCCCCUAAUAGCCUCCCUUAAUUAGGCACAUAAUUGUGGGUCACCAUGAGAGACCUAAUUCUCAAGGAGCCCAUCGUUGGUUCUUUCAACGGGAUCACAGAUGACAUCCUGCUGGCAUGGAAGCAGAUUCGUAAUCCGUUGGUUCUGCCAUUCCUACGAAUUGCUCUGAUCAUAUGUGGGUCGAUGUCCGCAAUGACAUUCAUAGAAAGAGUUUACAUGGCAAUUGUAAUCCUGUUGGUGAAGCUCCUGCGGAUAAAGAGGUACACCAAGUACAAACUAGAGGCCGCCGAGCGACAACUCGAGACCACCAAAAACUAUCCGAUGGUUUUGGUUCAGAUCCCUAUGUACAAUGAGAAAGAGGUGUACAAGCUGUCCAUCAGUGCGGUGUGUGGGAUGCAUUGGCCGAGGGACAAACUCGUAGUUCAAGUUCUUGACGAUUCUACGGACCAUGCCAUAAGGGAACUGGUGGAGUUGGAGUGUCAGCGAUGGGCAACCAAGGGAGUGAACAUCACAUAUGAGAAUAGACACAACAGAAACGGCUACAAGGCUGGUGCUCUUCGUGAAGGCCUGAGCAAGACUUAUGUGAGAGACUGUCAAUUCGUGGUAAUAUUUGAUGCCGAUUUCCAGCCCGAGCAAGACUACUUGAUGAGAACGAUGCCGUAUCUUCUGACUAAUGAUGAUCUUGCACUGGUUCAGGCUCGAUGGAGAUUUGUGAAUGCGGAUGAGUGUUUACUUACCCGGCUCCAAGAAAUGUCUCUAGACUACCAUUUCGGUGUGGAGCAAGAAGUGGGAAGUUCUACAUGUUCCUUCUUCGGGUUCAACGGGACUGCUGGAGUCUGGAGGAUUCGAGCGCUUCAUGAUGCUGGUGGAUGGAAAGAUCGAACGACCGUGGAAGACAUGGAUCUGGCUGUCAGAGCCAGUCUUCGAGGAUGGAAAUUUCUCUUCGUUGGGGACCUAUCAGUGAAGAAUGAGCUACCGAGCACGUUCAAAGCAUACAGAUUUCAGCAACAUAGAUGGUCAUGUGGUCCUGCCAACUUGUUCAGGAAGAUGUUCAAGGAGAUAGCAUAUUGCGAGAGGGUAUCCAUAUGGAAGAAGAUUCAUGUCUUAUAUGCUUUCUUCUUCGUGAGGAAAAUAGUGGCACACUUCGUCACCUUCUUCUUCUACUGUAUUGUUAUCCCGGCGUGCGUGUUGGUUCAAGAUAUCCCUCUUCCAAAGUUUGUUGCUGUUUACAUUCCAGCCAUCAUCACCGUCCUCAAUUGUGUAACCACUCCAAGGUCCAUGCACUUGCUUAUCUUUUGGAUCCUUUUUGAGAAUGUGAUGUCCAUGCACCGAGUAAAGGCUACAAUUAUAGGCCUGUUGGAGGCGAACCGUGCCAAUGAAUGGGUUGUCACAGAUAAGCUAGGAAAUGCCCUGAAACAGAAGGCUAAUACCAGCAAGAGCAGAACCAAGAAGCGCUUUCAAUUUGGUGAUAGGAUCCAUCUGAUGGAGAUAUUCAUGGGCUCAUUCCUCCUCUACUGUGGAAUCUAUGACUAUACAUUUGGGAAUGAUCUCUUUUACGUCUACUUGUUGUUUCAAGCUUCAGCGUUCUUCAUUGCGGGAUUUGGCUACGUGGGUACCUUCGUCCCCCACUGAGGGGUUGCAAAGAAGGAAAAUAUAUGUCCUCAGAGUGCUAGAGACCUACUGGCGCUGAGUAGGAAUGUCUGUGUACUAUGUAGUGUUGUAGAUCUCCGCUCCUUGUGUAACGUAGGGUGGUGGUGGGUCAAUAAUGCUGGAGCAUGCACAAGAUCCAUUCAGUAUUGUGCAACUUGCCUAAAUGUAAAGUUAUGCUUGGAAGAAGCAGUAAGGUAGAAGGAAAAUAAAUUUCUUCUUUGGUGUGAUCUUACGUAGCUACAAUUUGUAAUCAAUUCCACCUACCUAUAUCUCGAAAUUUCCUUCUACACUGUCAGGUUUUAUAUGGUAGCAAGAUAUUAUAUCACAAUACUAUGAUGGUGGUUCCAUUGA